CUGUUUCCUUUUCAAGCUGUUGCGACUUGGGAUCGGACGCCAUCAUUACCACGCCAUUGUAUAUUCUACGAUACGUCAGUGUUUGUUCUUUGUAAAUUAUUAAGAUAUUUUUACAGUUUUGUGUAUUUACCAAUUAAUUUAAUAUAUCAACAUGGCAGAUGAAAAGAAGGGUGAAAGUGAACACAUCAAUCUGAAAGUGUUAGGUCAAGACAAUGCCAUUGUCCAGUUCAAAAUUAAGAAACACACACCCCUCAGAAAACUUAUGAACGCCUAUUGUGAUAGAGCGGGUCUAUCAAUGCAAGUAGUAAGAUUCAGAUUUGAUGGACAGCCCAUCAACGAGAAUGAUACACCUACAUCACUUGAAAUGGAAGAAGGCGACACAAUAGAAGUAUACCAGCAGCAGACGGGAGGAAGAGUAGUGUAAUUGUUAAUUUAAGUAACUGUCUAAUUAAACCUUUACAAUAAGUUUAUUUUAUAUUUGUAAGAUGUGAACAUUUGUUUUGAUCAGAUUUGGACUGUUCAAUGCAAAACUUGAUUUGCAUUGAUAAUAUUGAGGUGAACCAAAUGGCAUUUCUGUAAGAGUAUAGGGCAUUGUAAAUGCUAAGGCAUAUACUUUGAUGUUACUAAGUUGAUUUGUCGUCAGUACCUUUCAAAUAAAGUAAAUUAAUACCUGCUA